UUGUUGUUUAUGCACAACUCUGGGACUGAUUACUGUUUCAGACUCUUUUAUAAGAGCACCAAGGGGAUUGGCCUUGGACAUGAUGGAUGAUUCCUCUGGAAAAGAGAAACCAGUGUGUAAAAACUGUGGCGGCAGUGGUGCUAUUAUAUGUGAUAUGUGCGGAGGUACUGGAAAAUGGAAAGCACUUAACAGAAAGCGAGCAAAAGAUGUUUAUGAGUUUACUGAAUGUCCAAACUGUUAUGGUCGGGGAAAACUAGUGUGCCCGGUAUGUUUAGGGACUGGUCUACCCAACAACAAGGGACUUCUACGCAGACCUGAAGCACGCAAAUUACUGGACAAGAUGUACAAUGGCCGGUUAUUGCCUGGCUCUUAGACCAUUUAUCAUACCAAGAAGAAAAUACUUUAACUCCAUACAUCAUGAAGCUCUUUGAUAGUCGAACAUAAGCAUAUUUAACAAGAAUAUGCGAAUUGCUUGAAGUCUUCAUCCAGAGGAGUCACACUCCAGUAAUCGAGAUUUGAGUUGCGUAUAGAUUUCUUUAUGCUUCUUUUUUGUAAUAAUGAUAUAUCCUUGUAGAUGUUUGUAUUAUAGCUUUUAGUGGGGUUUUUGUCUAGAUUCAAGGAAUUGCGCUUAAAAACAGUGACGUUUAAGCUGCCUAUAAAUUUUGUAUCCGUUUUCUUCUAAUAAUGCCACCUUUUUGUUGUACUAAAGAAUGAGAAGCCUGUAGAAGCAUUUUUUUUCCCCU